AUGGAGGAGGAGGAGCUAGAGGUUGGAUCUUCAGAUAACUAUGAUGUGUUUAUCAACUUCAGAGGGGAAGACACUCGCAAUAUCUUCGUUGGCCACCUUUACAGUGCUCUUAAGGGUUGUGGAAUCCAAGCUUUCAUUGAUAGCAAAGAUCUGCAGAAAGGAGAAUAUAUUGGGAAGCUUCUCAGUGUAAUAGAAGGCGCCAAGCUCUCGAUUGCUGUCUUCUCUCAAAGAUACGUGGAAAGCACAUGGUGCCUCCAGGAGCUGGCUCUGAUGCUGAAAUCUCAUAGAACCAUUCAUGGUCAAAUCAUUUUACCCAUUUUCUUCAUGGUUAAGACAUCAGACGUUAAGAAUCAGACUGGAUGCUUUGAGAUUUUGCCCCAGAUGCAUAGCGAGGAGGCGGCCGAAACUAUAUCAAUGUGGAAGGACGCUUUGCGAGCAGCAGGAGAUAUGAGUGGAUGGGUUGUUGACGAGAGGUAUGACCAAUCAGUGUUAGUCAAGGAAGUUGUUCAAGAUGUUUGGAACCAAUUAAAUAAGGUCCCCUUGAUUGGUAUUAAAAACCCUGUUGGACUAGAAUCUCGCGUACAAGAAGUGUUAUUUCUACUAUCAAAUACCAGCUCAAAUGAUGCUCAGUUUUUAGGGAUAUGUGGUCUGGGUGGCAUUGGGAAGACAACCAUUGCCACCUCUGUAUACAACUGCAUCUCUAAAAAUUUUAGCAAGCGUUGUAUUCUUCAAGACGUUAGAGAGCAAGCAUCACAACCCGAUGGUAUAGUUUGUUUGCAAAAGAAACUUCUUGACGUUAUCUCUCCGGGGAAAAUUACAGAACUAUGCAGUCCUAAAGAAGGAUCACAAUUGAUAAAGGAAAGAUUUCAAAACAUGAAAACUCUUCUCAUUCUUGAUGAUGUGGAUGAUCGUACCCAAUUAAAUGCAUUGGCUCGUGACCUCAAUUGGUUUGGUCUUGGAAGUAUCAUAAUCAUAACGACUAGAGAUCGAAGCGUUCUAAGUGGGUUCCCUGAAAAUAAUAGAAAAAUAUAUGUGCCUGAGGAAUUGAAUCCGGAAAGAAGUCUUCAACUCUUCAGUUUGCAUGCAUUUUCAACGGAACGACCUCCUCAUGAUUUUAUGGACCUUUCAGUUGAGAUUGUAAAUACUACAGGAGGGUUACCCUUAGCAUUAGAGGUUUUGGGUUCUGAUUUAUCUAUGACAAAAGAUAAAGAAGAUAAGCCAUUAUGGGACUCCCUUCUUCAGAUGCUAAAACAAAUUCCUUAUGAUGCUGUCUAUAAAAGUUUAAAGAUAAGCUAUGAUAAGCUGCAUGAUAUUGAGAAAGCCAUGUUUCUUGAUGUUGCAUGUUUAUUCAUAGGAUGGGAGGAAGAAACUGUAAUUUCCAUAUGGGAAGCUUGUGGCUAUGAGGCGAGAUACCGUAUGGAAAUUCUCAAGAGAAAAUCUCUCUUAAAGAUUCGCGAGUCAACAAAGAUAAUAGAAAGUAAAAAGUUGUGGAUGCAUGAUCAAAUUAGAGACGUGGGAAGAAGAAUUGCUUACAAUGAAAGGCCUGAGAAUCCUCAUAUCCAUAGUCGGUUAUGGUCUCAUAACAAUAUCAUGAAGGUAUUAAACAGUGGUAAGGGGAAUGAAAUGGUUGAAGGUCUCCUCUUGGACUUCAAUACAAAUAAAAACAUUUGUUUACAUACUAAAAAUUUGGAGAUGAUGCCUAAACUAAGAUUACUACAAGUUGUUGGGGCAACCAUGGAGGGGAGCUUUCAGUGUCUUCCUUCUGAGUUAAGGUGGCUCAGAUGGCACAAAUGUCGGUUGGGGAAACUACCUGCCAAUUUUUGUCAUGAAGGCUUAGUUAUGCUCGACUUAAGUCAUGGCUUUUUUAGACAAGCUUGGAAAAGUUGGCAUGAAAAUAAGUUGUUUCAACAAUUGAAAGUUCUUCAACUAAGUUAUUGUGAGAAUCUGUGUAAAUCUCCCGACUUCUCUGGAGUUCCUUGCUUAGAGAGGUUGUAUCUUAAUCAUUGUUAUUCUUUGGUUAAUUUACAUGAAUCCAUCGGGGAACUCCAACAUUUCGUUUACUUGGACUUAACAAGUUGCACAUCCCUUGUGAAACUCCCAAACAGUAUAUGUAGUUUGAGAUCUCUUCGUAACCUUAUUCUCCGUGAUUGUGUGUCACUCAAAGAGUUGCCGGGGUCCAUUGGUGAUCUAAAAGAAUCUUUGGUUGAGCUUUCCUUGAGAUGGACAAAGAUUGAAGCACUCCCUGAUGGUGUUGGACUGUUAAAGAAGUUGGAGGUAUUGGAUCUUUUCUGCAACCGUGAACUAAUGUAUCUGCCAAGGUCGAUGGUGAAUAUGACGUCUUUGCGUAAAUUUGUCUUUAGUGGCGGACAUGACAAGCUUCUGUGCAUUCCUGUUUUGUACACACUAUUUGAAAGUUUACCAGACAUGCAAAACAUGGAAAACUUAAAAGUAUUGAGCCUUGAAAAGUUUUGUGUAAAGAUGGAGCAAUUUAGAGGCUUCGUGAAGACAAGGAACGAUGAAUUGAGGGAAUUGAUCAGUAUAAUGGGUAGAUGCUGCAGCGUGGUAACAAAUCAACAUUCGUGGCAGAGGCAAGGCCAGCGGCAGGGAACGACAUUUCUGUGGGGUAGCAAUGAAAAUUGGAGACAGAUUUGGAUACCUUUGCAAAUGACAGUUGAAGGUUCUUUGAGCCGUUACCUGAUUCCUGAUGAUAUUGAUGAGAUCUGUAGCUACAGGUUAAUUAUGCAUGUUUCUUUGAGCGUCUCCUCACUUGAAGACAUUCCAUGGGAGUUGAUUAGCAAAAGAGAUAUCACGCUGACAUUUGAAUCUUUUGUCCAUAACAAAGAUAAUAAAACUGCUUAUGAAUUUGGGCUGGAAAUUGAGGGCAUGAAGAAAUUGAGAGGUCGAGAUCAUAUAGAAUACAUUCACGAAUUCAAAGGGUUUGAUUGGUUCGGGGUUCAGCUGGAAGGCAGAGAUGCUAUUGAAAUAUCAGAUGCAGAGGUUGGAUCUCCAAAUUAUGAUGUGUUUAUCAACUUCAGAGGGGAAGACACUCGCAAUAUCUUCGUUGGCCACCUUUACAGUGCUCUAAAGGGUUGUGGAAUCCAUGCGUUCAUUGACAGCAAAGAUCUGCGGAAAGGAGAAGAUAUUGGGAAGCGUCUCAGUGUAAUAGAAGGCGCCAAGCUCUCGAUUGCUGUUUUCUCUCAUAGAUACGUGGAAAGCAAAUGGUGUUGGGUAGAAUAA